AACGCGUGGGUGUGGGCACACAGUUUAACCAAUUUGCAAAAAGACAAAGUAAGUUUACAGCGUUUGCUGUAAAUCAAAAUGCCGUGGAAUACCGAUCCCAAAUGGCUGAUCAACGUGGCCUCAUCCGUUCCACUAGACUUGAUGAAAAACCCAAGGGAAGAAGCGCAAAGCAGUGCAGAACAAAAAGUUUCGCCGAUUCGUAUAAAAAAGAAGCCAUCAAAAACCGGAAAAAGGAAGUCAGCGUGGAAGGUAGUUAAAAAAAACACAAAAAAGGUGUCAGCAGUUCCAACAACUAUGAAAUGUAGAGCAGCGGCUAAGCUUAAAAAGCCGAAUACCGAAGCGCCCGCUGAGGCGCCACAGGAAGAGGCACAGCCGAGCGCGUCGGGACCGCGUUCGCGAAAGAGGAAGGUCAAGCAGGAGUCGGAGACAUGGAUAACAGAAUCGAGCGGAUUCUUCACGGGAGUGAUUGAUGAGACUAUGUCCAGCCUAAAUAAUAAUAUUAACGAUAUUUCGCGCUCUGAGUUCAUGUCACUGGGCAAGGUGAGGAAGCUUUGGGAACAGAAAUACAAUGUGGAGGAGCGCAAGCCAGUGGCCAAUCGCUCCGCGGCGCCGCCACCACCGAAACGCAAGCGCAGGCCGACGCAAAAUCCGGUCAAAGAGCGGCGCAUGAGCGAUGAGGAUGCGGAAGAAGCUAACAACUUUUGGGACAUGGAUGAUCUCGAGGACCAUGAAAUCGUCGAGAAUCACAUUAGCGUACCGCUACUGAGAGCGCAGUUUGAACCCCGUCGGUUCCUCAUUAUGAUGCCGGCAUUUGCCAUGAAGCAGAACUUGGUUCAGCCGCUUUUCAAUUGGGAGUUGCUGAACAGGAUUAUGCCGCCGCCAGUGGAGGAGGGUACGAAAAUAUUGCAGCAAGUCGUCAAUGAGAUGCUACUUCAGUAUCAACAAGGAUCAGUAAAGCCCACAUAGUUAAGUUGUUAAUGGAAAUGAGUUCAUUUGUU